AUGAGCACCAAGUUUCUCGCAAGCCUCGUUUCGUUCAUCAUCUACCAAAUCUACUUUCAUCCUCUAUCCGGGAUUCCAGGCCCAAGGCUAGCUGCCGUAACCAAUCUUCCGUACAGUCGAAGCUACUUGGGCGGCCGACAGCCAUGGGACAUUCUGAAAUUGCAUGAGAAAUAUGGCCCCGUGGUCCGCAUAUCUCCCAAUGAUAUUUCCUUCAAUAGUGCCAGGUCGUGGCACGACAUUUACGGUGUACGCAAAGGAAGAUCAAACUGCUUCACCAAAAGCGACUUUUAUGAUGGGGGCAACUUUGCCGCUGAGGCCCAUUCCAUUGUCAGCGAGCGUGAUCCGGCCAAACACCGUCAGAUGCGCAAAUUUCUGGCCCGUGCCUUCUCUGAAUCGUCACUUAGGGAGCAGGAGGCGCUCAUCGGGGAGACGAUCGACCACUUCGUUCAAAGGGUUGGCAAGGAGGGCGUCGCCGACUUGACCCACUGGUUCAACUUGCUCACCUUUGAUAUCAUCGGCAAACUCGCUUUCGGCACCGACUUCCAAGGCAUCGCAUCUGGCCAGACACACUCCUUGAUUGAUGACAUCCUGGGUAGCAUGUCUCAAGCCAGCCUUUCAGACACAUGGAAACGGUUCCCUGUCAUCGGAAAGAUAUGGAUGCUCUUCAACUCUCGAUGGGCGGCCCAACUUGUCGCAGCUGCAACGAGACAUCAGAAGUAUACUGUCGAUUUAACUGCCAAGAGGAUCAAUGAGCAGACUUACCGCAAGGAUUUCAUGAGUUAUCUGCUCCGUGACCGUGCUGAGAUAUCCGAUAUUCAGCUAGCGGCCCACGCCUCCGACUUUGUAAUUGCAGGAAGUGAAACCACCGCUACCACCCUCGCAGUCGUUUUCUACCACCUUUGCAGGAACCCCUCCGUCAAGAAGCAGCUUGAGCACGAGAUUCUGUCGUCCUUUGGCGCAUACGAGGACAUCAACGCCACCUCGGCUUCUGCGCUCAAGUACCUGCACGCAGUGUGCCUUGAGGCCCUCCGAAUGUUUCCUCCACUGCCUCUCAGUCUCCCCCGAGAAGUGCCAAGCCCGGGCGAGAUGGUGGAGGGGUUCUUCCUGCCAGCAGGUACAAUUGUGGCCACGAGUCCUUACGCGGCGAGCAUGAGCCCAAACAAUUUCGACAGACCCGACGAUUUCCUGCCGGAGAGAUGGCUAACAGGCGAACCGACGGAUAUCCUGGAAGCCAGCAGACCGUUCUCCUACGGACCCCGAGCAUGUCUGGGACGAGCACUUGCGUGGGUGGAAAUGAACCUCACAAUAUGCAGACUGGUGCACAAAUAUGAGUUUGCCAUGUCAAACACGGACCUGGACUGGAACAAGAAAUCGAAAAUGCAACUGCUUUGGAAGAAGCCCAAAAUGCUGGUCAAGCUAACAAAACGGCGAAAUUAG